GAAAGUAAUUCUGUGGAAGAUACGAUCUACUGGCAUCAUCUCCAGCAUCAACAUUCCUCAUCCUCUGGUGUUUUAUCGCAGAAGGACUUGGAUAAUCUGCAAAAAUGAAAUUGGCCAUCCUGUGCUUCUGUCUGGCUAGCACAGUCUCAGCUGCACCAUCCUUCUUUCAUUACCUGCCUCAUUACGCAGGUUCCCGGCAACAGGCACCACCCUCACAGGUGAAAAAUCCCUUCCCAGCUGGCCUUGGAAUGCCUGGCGCUUACAGUGUGGAACUAAUUUAUCCCCACAGAUUUGUUGGGGGUGCCGGUGGAUCAAACCCUGCACAGCCCUUUUCUACCCAUGGCUUCAUCAAAUACUCCAUUCCUCAGCCACCAGGCAGACAGAGUGUAGAAGUUUACUACCCCUAUGACUUCUCCCAGCAAAGGAUAUUGACAAACAUGCCUCCUAUGGCAAACGUCCCUCACUUUCCAAAUGCACUCCCAUUUGAUUACCCCCCUCAAAAUAUUCCCCAGCAAAUCCCAAAUAUUCCCUCAUUUGAUGCCAAUCUUCUUCCAUCCGAAGAUCCCCUGCAACCUCUCCAGCAGGACCAGCCCACACAGACAAGCCAGAUGCCGGCGAAGGUGUGAAGUGUGAAGAGACAUAAAAAGAGGCAAAACAGUUCCUUCCUCCUUUACAUUCAGACAUCUGCAGUGGAACAAACAACAUUUAAUGAUUCAGACUAAAUCUGUUGUUUCACAUGUGCCUUUACUAAAGAAUAAAAUGCUAAGAUGAUUAUAAAAUAACCAGUUUAGAAUACUAUUGCAAUAGUAAACUAAAUUGUGACACGGUUAUGUGCAUAGCAUGAAAUAUAAUUCUGCUUUACUUUAGAUUCACAA